AUAUAGUCUGAAGCAUAAAGGUUAAACCCCAGAUCGCAUCACAUACUCUUCGUUAUUAUCUUCUCUGAGUCUUCUAUGGCUUCCCGGGAUAAGAAAUCGUCGAAGCCCUCCAGUAGUCGUGGCAUUCGAACCCUCUCCGAUUUGAAUCGUCCGACUGCUCCGGACUCCGACAGCGACUCCGAUGGCCCUCAGGAGUACUACACCGGUGGCGAGAAGAGUGGGAUGCUUGUCCAAGACCCUUCAAAGGGUAAUGAUGUGGAUGCAAUUUUCAAUCAAGCUAGGCAAUUGGGAGCAGUGGAAGGCCCCAUGAUAAAUCCUUCAUCAAGCUCAAGAAGCUUUACUGGGACUGGAAGAUUACUUUCCGGGGAAUUAGUACCAACUGCUCCUCAACAGCCUGAGACUGUUAUUCACAACAUUGUCUUUUGGAGUAAUGGCUUCACAGUGAAUGAUGGUCCCUUGAGGAGGUUAGAUGAUCCUGAAAAUGCAUCUUUCCUAGAGAGCAUCAGAAAGUCGGAGUGUCCAAAAGAGCUUGAGCCUGCAGAUAGGAGGUCCUCUGUUCAUGUCAACCUCAUAAGGAGGGAUGAGAACUGCCCCGAAUCAGAAAAGACCCGGGUUCCAUUUCAGGGGGUGGGACGAACUUUAGGAAGCAGCAGUGUAGCUCCAGAACCCGAGCCCACUGUUGCUCCCACUCCUCUCAAUACCGCUCCAUCUCCUAACAUGGGACUGAUCGUGGAUGAAGCAUUGCCAUCAACCUCGAUCCAGCUCAGGUUGUCUGAUGGAACCCGCAUGAUUGCUCACUUCAACUACCACCAUACCAUCACCGACAUCCGUGCCUUCAUUGAAGCAUCGAGGCCGGGUGGUUCCACAAAUUACCAUCUGCAGAUGAUGGGAUUCCCUCCCAAGCAACUCAACGAUCCAAUGCAGACAAUAGAGCAGGCCGGCCUCGCCAACUCAGUCGUUAUCCAGAAAUACUAACUCUGGGCUGCAUUACUGUACUAAAAACCUUGGACCAGUCUCAAAAGGAUAUUGAUGAAGGUAAGAAUACACUGAUUAUAUGGUACCAUUUGGGAGAUUUUCAGGUACUUGUUUAUGAAGUUUUUAGUACGAGGCCUGCCUCUUAUGACAAUUAAAUUUCAAAAAAAUUAUAUAUAAUUUCAGUAGUGAUCA